AUGGCAUCAGAAGGAGCCUCUGGAUCAAAAAAGGCACACAACAGUUGGUUGUUAUUCAGAAGUGAGUUUAUGGCCACAAUAGUUGACCCUGACAUGACAGCCAAACAGAAAAGUGAUGUUGCGUUAAAUGCAUGGAAAACUCUGUCCACUGAAGAAAAAAUGAGGGGUAAAUCAGAGAAAAUAGGAGCACAAGAUGUUGAGCAGUCGCUAGGAAUCCGUCAAGGUAUAGAGGAGUUGAAAACGAAGACUACUGAGAAGAUAAAAGAAUUGGCCAGCAAGAAGAGGAAGAGUGUUAGGGGAAUUAUGUAUGGAGAAAAAGGUGGUGAAGCUGUGAUAGGGAAAGAAGAGAGGAUAAUUGUAGAGUUUUUGGACCUGGGAGAUAGUGGGAAAGAUAAAUCAAGAAGAAAGGCUCAAGUUGAAACAAUACCUACAAUUAUCAGUGGGUCUAAAGAUGAUAAGGAGGACAGGCGCAACAAUGAUGACACAACUGAGGAAAAGGAGAAGGAUGAAGUAGGUAGUGAAGAUGGAGAUAGUCAUAAGAAGGAUGACACGGAGGAUCACAGUGAGAAUAAAGAGAUGGAGGAAGAGGGUCAAGGGGAUAAUGACGACAUGAGCGAAGGGGGCAUGGAACACAAGGGUGAUGGAGAGGGUGAUGACACAUAA